GGGCCCAGGAAGGCGGAGCCAGCGGCGGCCCAGGCUCGGAGCAGCCGCGCGGCUCCCGUUCGCGGAGCACACAUCCCGGCGCGACGAGGUUCCUUCGGAGAGCGAGCGGGAGUCGGUGCUCGGCCUCCUGCGGGGAGCAGCCCAAGGAAUCUGCAGGGAGAGGUCAGGACGUGACAACACCAGCAUGCCAGUGCUGUCGGAGGACUCUGGUUUGCAUGAAACCCUGGCCCUGCUGACCUCCCAGCUGAGACCUGACUCCAACCACAAGGAGGAGAUGGGCUUCCUGAGGGAUGUUUUCAGUGAAAAAAGCCUCAGUUACUUAAUGAAGAUUCAUGAGAAGCUUCGCUAUUAUGAAAGGCAAAGUCCAACCCCAGUUCUGCACAGCGCUGUGGCCCUCGCUGAGGACGUGAUGGAGGAGUUGCAGGCCGCCUCCGUGCACAGUGAUGAGAAGGAGCUGCUCCAGCUGCUGUCCACCCCGCACCUGAGGGCUGUGCUCAUGGUACACGACACGGUUGCCCAGAAGAAUUUUGACCCCGUUCUCCCGCCUCUGCCUGACAAUAUCGAUGAGGAUUUUGAUGAGGAAUCUGUGAAGAUCGUCCGCUUGGUGAAGAACAAGGAACCCCUGGGCGCCACCAUCCGGCGGGACGAGCACUCAGGGGCUGUCGUGGUGGCCAGGAUCAUGCGAGGAGGCGCAGCAGACAGGAGCGGCCUGGUCCACGUUGGAGACGAGCUCCGAGAAGUGAACGGGAUCGCAGUCCUGCACAAGCGGCCCGACGAGAUCAGCCAGAUUCUGGCCCAGUCCCAGGGAUCCAUCACCCUAAAAAUCAUCCCAGCCACCCAGGAGGAAGAUCGCUUAAAGGAGAGCAAGGUGUUCAUGCGCGCCCUCUUCCACUACAACCCUCGCGAGGACCGGGCCAUCCCUUGUCAGGAGGCGGGCCUGCCCUUCCAGCGCAGGCAGGUCCUGGAAGUGGUGAGCCAGGACGACCCCACGUGGUGGCAGGCCAAGCGAGUCGGGGACACCAACCUUCGAGCCGGCCUCAUCCCCUCCAAGCGGUUCCAGGAGAGACGACUAAGCUACCGGAGAGCCGCGGGCACCCUGCCGAGCCCCCAGAGCCUCAAGAAGCCCCCCUAUGAUCAGCCUUGUGACAAAGAGGCCUGUGACUGUGAGGGCUACCUCAAAGGGCAGUAUGUGGCUGGUCUUCGGAGGAGUUUCCGGCUGGGCUGUAGGGAGAGACUGGGGGGCUCCCAGGAAGGGAAGAUGUCCUCCGGAGCUGAGUCUCCAGAGCUGCUGACUUACGAGGAGGUGGCCAGGUACCAACACCAGCCUGGAGAGCGGCCCCGCCUGGUGGUUCUGAUCGGGUCUCUGGGAGCCCGACUGCACGAGCUGAAGCAAAAGGUGGUGGCCGAGAACCCACAGCACUUUGGUGUCGCUGUUCCACAUACCACCAGGCCCCGAAAGAGCCAUGAGAAGGAAGGAGUGGAAUAUCACUUUGUGUCUAAGCAAGCAUUUGAGGCCGACUUACAUCACAACAAGUUCCUGGAACAUGGUGAAUAUAAGGAAAAUUUCUAUGGAACCAGCCUGGAGGCCAUUCAGGCUGUUAUGGCCAAAAACAAAGUUUGUUUGGUGGAUGUGGAGCCGGAAGCACUGAAACAACUGAGGACCUCAGAAUUUAAACCCUAUAUUAUAUUUGUAAAGCCUGCAAUUCAGGAAAAAAGAAAGACACCACCUAUGUCCCCAGCUUGUGAGGACACGGCAGCCCCAUUUGAUGAGCAGCAGCAAGAGAUGGCCGCUUCCGCCGCCUUCAUAGACCAGCAUUACGGGCACCUGGUAGACGCCGUGCUGGUGAAGGAGGAUCUCCAGGGUGCCUACAGCCAGCUCAAAGUGGUCUUAGAGAAGCUGAGCAAGGACACUCACUGGGUACCUGUUAGUUGGGUCAGGUGACUUUAUCCCAAAACAUCCAAGCUGGAUGGGACCUUGAAGAUCAACUAGUCCAGACUCCCUCAUUUUACCAUCAAGGAAUCUUGAGCACAGAGACGGGGAGAAUUCUCCACAAACUGCAUCGUCGAGAAGAGUAUAAGUGGGAAGUCUUGUUUGUUGUUGGUUUUUGUCUGUUGUUUUUCACUGCACCUCUUUGGAUCAUGAUUUGAAAGGGGCAUAUCAGGAAACAACACAUUUCAUUCGUUACAGUAUCACAGGCAAGCUGACCCUGAUUCUUGGUACCAAAGUUAAGUAGCCACUGUCUUUUGCAGGUGAUAGUGGUUAAUUUAUACAGUACUGAUUUGCAGAAUUAAUUUAAGCAUUUUAUUUUUUUUUAAUUUUUUUAUUUUUAUUUUUAUUUUUUUAUUUUUUUUGAGACGGAGUCUCGCUCUGUCACCCAGGCUGGAGUGCGGUGGCCGGAUCUCAGCUCACUGCAAGCUCCGCCUCCCGGGUUCACGCCAUUCUCCUGCCUCAGCCUCCCGAGUAGCUGGGACUACAGGCGCCCGCCACCUCGCCCGGCUAGUUUUUUGUAUUUUUUAGUAGAGACGGGGUUUCACCGUGUUAGCCAGGAUGGUCUCGAUCUCCUGACCUCGUGAUCCGCCCGUCUCGGCCUCCCAAAGUGCUGGGAUUACAGGCGUGAGCCACCGCGCCCGGCCUAAGCAUUUUAAACAUAGUGACGCUUAGUAGUUUUUUUGGAAGCUAACUUGUUUUAUCCAAGGGGAUUUUACAUGUAACUGAAAUUCCCCUGUCUUCAAGCACUAAAAUGUUGAUCUUAACCUUUUUUUGAAGUGCUUGCCUGGUAAUAGAAAAUUGGUUCUCUGCCUAUUUUAAAAUAGUGAAUAUACGUAAAUUGUCUCUGGAAGGCUGAGGCACACUUCACCAUCAACAUGAAUUACUGUACUAUUCUGUACUACAGUGGUGCCUUCAGGGACUCGAGGAAUGUAAGGUUGCCUUUCCCGUUUCUAAAUACCCUCGGAUUCCUAACAUCGAGCCCUUGCUUUGUUUGAUUUGUUCUAUUCCAUCCAUUGUUCCUUUUGUUACUGACAGUUGCCUUGGUCCUAGCCAGUCCCUGCCAUGAGAUCAUAGGGGUUCCUGUUGUGCUAGAUCUUGGGAAACCAAAUGACUCUCCCUGUCAAAACUAUGGCUAUGCCGCCGUAAACCAUUUCUGUCAAGAAUAAAAGUAUGUAGACCCAGAGUGUGGGCCUAA